UCUGCCUUUUUGCAUCGUUUCCCCGCCCCCACUUCAAUCCCCCGUUGAACGUAUCGGUGAACUAAGACACCUGCUCUCUCUCCCCUCCUUCUUGACAUCCUUAACUCGUUUUUAACCACCGAGAAUGGACGACUUCGACAUGCUGAGCGCACCGGCCGCCGGUAACGGCAGCGGCUCCGGGUCUGAGGAGGACCCCGCCGCCGCUUUCCUGGCCCAGCAGGAGAGUGACAUAGCGGGCAUCGAGAACGACGAGGGCUUCAGCAUCCUGGACGGCGGAGAGGUGCCCUCGUCCCUUUCAGAAGUCACCGAUGGUGCGGUCAACGGGGAACUCCACGCGGAGAGCAACGGCCCGUCUGACUCCUACGCAGCCAUCUCCAGCGCAGACCGCCUGCAGGCGGAGCCAGAGAGCCUCCGCAAGUGGAGAGAGGAGCAGAGCGACCGGCUGGAGGUCCUAGAUGAUAACUCGCGUGAGCAGGAGUCUGCAUGGAAGGACAAGGCUAAGCAGGAGCUGGAGGAGUGGCACAACCGGCAGAACGAAGCCCUGGAGAAGACCAAGGUCAACAACAGAGUUCUGGACGAGGACUUCUACAAGCAGCCCUUCUCUGACCUCAUUGGUUAUGUCACACACAUUAACCAUCCCUGCUACCGCCUAGAACAGGCCGCUGAGGAGGCCAUGAUCACGGACCUGGACGAGAACAACCCCGGCACGGAGUGGGAGCGCGUGGCCAGGCUCUGCGACUUCAACCCCAAGUCCAGCAAGCAGGCCAAGGACGUGUCCCGCAUGCGCUCGGUCCUCAUCUCCCUCAAGCAGGCCCCGCUGGUCCGCUAGGGGCCCGGUGCGCUCCUGGGGGGCCGCCACCUACUCCCUCCAACAGUAAACCCGCCCCUCCCACCCCUACAGCCAACCCCCGUAACCAAUCGUAACCUACCUAACAUCCCAACGACCGACCCACAAAUCUUUACCAUCCUCCUGACUAACCCACCAAUCGUAACCCACCUAACAUGCACCUGACCGACCCCCAAAUCAUAACCUAGCUAACAUCCAACUGACCAACCCACCAAUCGUAACCCAACCCAUUUACCAAUCGUAACCUACCUAACAAACUGAUCAACCAAUCGUAACCUUCCCAAAAAAUACUGACCAAUCGUAACCCUGGCUACAAAAACUAACCAACCAACCAAUCAACCUCACCGACCAACUCAACGUCCCUUCUUCUGUGUUCCCCGACCGCGGGGCUUCACCGAUCCAUCUGUCCAUUUCAUAUGACCUCAUUCCCUGUUCUGCAUUCCUUGCUUCCAGUUUGUCUUCCACCUGCAGGAGACUCUGGUAGCCCCAACCUGUCUUAGAGCUGGCUGCUCUCUCAGAAGGCCCAGUUCCACCCGGGCAGUCUGUAAACGCACCCUCCAAUCUGGGGGCCCCUCAGGCCUGGGGCUUUUGGGUCUGUGUUCCCAUGGUCUGUGGCACCAAGGGUCUGAAGCCCCUACGGUCUUGGCCAGUUUCCCAUGCUUAGCCCCACCCGGACCCCCUAAGCCUAACCCUGUGUGUUUUGGUGUUAAAAAAAAUACAAAGUAUAUACAGAUUUAUUUUUUUGUCACUGUUCUUUUUAUGGACCAAAACUCCUUGAGUCAGAAGUGAAAACUCCUAAUUUACUGUGUGUACCUUAGUGUGUAGUCGGUUUGUGUUGUCCUGAAUUUUCAGACUAUGCAUUUACUCCUGUCCAGUCCGGAAGUGAACAAUCCAGUCAUUGCGUCAAACAUGACCCAUGUGUAUGUGCGUGUGUUUGCUCUUAUGUGUGUACAUAUAGAGAGGGGAAUAUAUAUAUAAAUACAUUAUAGACGUGGAGACUGGAAGGUUGAUGUUGUUAAAAGAGCUAACUGUUAGCCACCAGGUUGAGUGUUCAUGGUCCUCAUAAUUUCAGUAUCUCAGUAAAAAUAAAGAAGUGAAUGAAAUUCAA